UAAGAUGUCAUCAUCGCAAAUACACGAUUGUUCAAAAGGGUAUAUAAUGUAAGUCUGAUUUUGUUCUCUUAUUCUGAGAUUGGAUGUCAGCAACAGCGAUGAGGAUUCUGCAGCUCCGUUUAAGUAUUUGCGUGGUCAUUUUGUUCUGUGAUCGUGGCAAAACUUCGAAUACUACGACUUUAAGAAGUAGGAAACCAACGAUUGGGCCCAUAUUUUUGACGGUCAGCCAAAGUCCAAACCAACCCAAUGUAUUGCAAGUUUUGAUAAGAUUUGCUGGGCCUCCAGAUACAUUGGUUUUAGCUGACUUCUACAAAGAUCUUAAUAAAGUUCAAGUUUCUGGUGGGGAUUUUGUAUCAGUGGUUGAUUUAGAAGAAGGGAACGAUUUUUUUAUCUUAUCACUUAGUUCUGAAGCAACUUCCGAGAGGUUGCUUUUUAAUGUGCGUCCUGUCAUUGGAUACUAUAAAAUAUACCAAAACUGUAACAUAGAUGUCACCUCUUCUGAUGUUGAAGAGAUAACAACAUACACCAUCGUAAUAUCAGAAUGUUCCGGAGAAGAAACUGAGGGGGGAUUGGAAGAAUGGGGACUGUGGCAUGAAUUGUUCAAAGGGACAAAACAAAUUCCAUCAGCAGAUUAUCUGACAAUAGAAGAAAACCAGCAGUCAACGCUGGGAAAUGUAACGACCGUAAGCUUCAACAAAUCCAGUCUGAUGAACAACAAUGUCGAUAUGACAUUAUAUUUUUAUUUAUUAAUUUAUACACAGAACACCCUAGUACCUAGGAUUUACUGGAAUUACUUGUUAGAUUAAAGAGAUAGACUCCGCCGGUUUAUAGGAUUACAUUGGAGUUUGUUUUAUCUAAAUAAACCAUGAACAUUUGAUGUAUUCUUGACAAUAAAUAAAACCAUACUAAAUAU